GGAUUAAAAUAUUAUGGACUUAUUUUCCAGCUCAAAUAAAAAGCUUAAGCUUCCGGUUGUUGAAAUUUGUUUUAGGCAUUGAAAAGGUUGGAUAGAAGUAGAAGUUAGAAGCUAUAAUGUUGGUAGGUGCUUUCUGGUGAUUGUGAAAUACGUACACAUCUUCUACGCAGUUUUUAAAGAUGUCAGUAUACCACGACGAGAUUGAAAUAGAAGAUAUGGAAUUUGACGAAGAUACCGAAAUAUACUAUUAUCCAUGUCCAUGCGGUGACAGAUUUGAGAUCUCGAAGGUAAAUAACAAAAAUUGUGGCAAAUCACGACUCGAGUCACUCUCGGUUAACCCGGCCAAUAUAUUAAUUAUAUUAGCAUAAGUAUUACUACAGCAACAUUGCCAUUUAUAAUGUUUUAUUAAAGCAAGAAGAGUCAAAACCCUGUUUUAAAACUGUUUACAUAUACAAGUGGUGAACAAAAUUGCUUGGGCUUAAGUAUUAAGACAUGCAAUAUGCAAAGGCAAAAGUUUGGGAAAAUGAGGGCCAACCAGUGUGUGACUCGAGUUAAGGCUAUCCACUUCUAUAAAAUGAAGUAGAGGAAGAAAAAAUCCUCUGCAAUAGGAUGAUUUGCCACCUCCCUCAUAUAACAAAAAAAGUGCCUUCUGGCAGCUUCUGGUGUGAAAUUGUGUAGUGUAGGGACUAGGGAGGUGCUUUCUGGUGAUUGUGAAAUAGAAGCUACACAGUUUUUAAUAAUUAUUUCAGUUGUUAGUAUACCUGAGAUUGAAAUAGAAGAUAUGGAAUUUGAUGAAGAUACUUCAUGAAUUUGAUCGCAGUCCUUCAUUUAUCAUCUUUUAUUGUCUGACACUUGACUGCUACUACCUGUGUACCGGUAUACUUGUCCACACCUUGUUGUUACAGUUACAGGUGCUCUGUUUCUCGUCAUAUUUUCAUUUGUCCUGUUUGCUGAGGAAGGCUCUAAGCUGAAACGUUCACAUCUUAUUGUCCUGUCUUUUGAUUCAAGCUUCAUCAUACCUUGUUCUAUUUGAACGCAGUCCUUCAUUUAUUAUCUUUUUUUUUCUGGGGUGAACCAUUGCCCUCCCCCUUUCCUACGCUACUGAAGCGGAGCAUUAAUCAAAUUAUUUUUAUACAAGAUUGUUAAAGUUUCAAUAUUUUUUUCUACUAAUACCUAAGAUGCAAUGAAUUUUGGUACCUUGUACUCUACUUGUAGAUGUUAACAACCAUUGCAUGAAAAGGUAAAGGAAAAUAUCAUUCUAGUUCUAGCAUCUACUCUUAACUUCCCUGAGAAUUUCAUGAAACCUUAUUGGUACAGUGGUUGUAAUUUUACAUUGUGAACAUCAGUUUACUAUGGACCUUAUACCUAAUUCAUAUGUGCACAUAUUCUGUGAUAAAACAUGACAACUAAAGUUUGCCAACUUGAUAAUAAGCUAUUUAUUUCCUCAUUUUUAUUAACAAGCUUCAUUUUGGUGUGCCCAACCACUGUGUUUUUCAUUCCAUGGGAGUCCAUCCGCCCUGAGAAAUUUAAUAAUUUAAAUUUUGUAAAUUAAAAGUGAUGGGCUACUUUUACUGUCAAUAGUUUUCUUUUUAAAUAAGCCGAGGCUCUUCUAUCAGAUGAGUCCCUUAUUUUGAAAAUAUAACUUAUGUUGUGACCGCUUCAAGUCAUUUGGUGCCACAUAUUUGGAUCAAGUGCCAUUAUUAAUAAUGGAUCUGUUUAUCCAAACAUGUAUACUGACUCCCAUUUUUUUAUAAAUAGCUUUGCAAUCUCAUUUUCGUGUGUGUAUACUUGUCCUCAGGAAGAACUGGAGAGUGGAGAAGAUGUUGCAAAGUGUCCCAGCUGCUCACUACUUAUCAAAGUUAUUUAUGAUUUGGUAUGACAGUCUAUUUUUAUUAAUUUCACCUACAUAUGUUUUUAGUUAAACAGUACAGUAUUUAAAAAAAUUUAAUUGUUAAUUACUUCAUCAUCUUUCUACUCAUUUAUUAUUUGCUAUUGUACUGCUAUUCCUAUCAUGAGUUAAGAUAUCUUAUUUUUCCAUGUCUACAUUCCAGGACACUUUCAUGGUUGGUGAAAAAGCUGUAACAUCUACAAAAGGUCAUGCUGUUGCAGUUGCUUAGUAAUUCUCAAAAAAGUAAAACAAAACUUUCUGGAGAAAUUCAUUUCACUAACAAAACAUUUGAAUUAUGUUGAUACUGGGAUAUUAAUUGCACUUCGGACAGGCAGAUUAGAAGCUCAAUGUGCAAAAAUGGUGAUAAUUUUGCAUACCGGUAUCUCUUAAGUGUUUUAACCAGAAGUCAUGCCUGUGUUUAUUUGGACCAGCAUGACUUAUUCAGAUAACAGGAAUAAAUGGAGUAAUGUUUACUCCAAAAUGGUGCUUAAUUUUGUUUCAUGUAUUAAUAUUUUAUUUAUGUAUUGAGUCCACGUUUUAAUCUGGUAAUUUUGUACAGGAAGACAUUUUACCCAAAAAUAAAAAAUUAGGAUGAUUUAUAAUGAAACUAAUUCUUUUAUACUUUUAAAAAAAUAUCUGUCUAAUGAUUAAGUUAUGAAAUAUUUUUUAAACUAAUUAUACACUGGUAUCAGUUUAUAUGUCCUGUAAUAAAAUGGUUUCUGUAAAGAAAAAGUAGUUUUGAGAAUAUGCUUUUUCUCUUAACUUGUUAUUCAAUGUCUUGUUAUCAAAAUGUGAAAGUAACAGGGGAACAAUAAAUACUAAUUGUAAUUGUACAUUAAAUAAAAAGAUUAGGUACUGUACAGUUAUUUUACAUUUCAUUAUCACACAUUUUUAAACAUGUUUAUUCUUUGAUAUAUUAACGUUAAAGACUAAAAAUAAAGAUUAUGCACAUAUCUUUUAUACAUCAUUUAUCAGCACAAACGUAAAACGUGAUUUUAUAAAACUUGUCAUCAAUCAACAUAUUU